AUGGCGCUGGCGGUGGUGCGGCCCCUGGACGCCCUGCCCCCGGAGCUGCCCCCGGGGGUGGCGGUGCUGCGGGCCCCGGCCCCGCUGGCGGCGCGGCUGCGCGGGGCGGGCGGGCCGGCGCUGGUGCUGGCGGUGCGGCCCGCGGGCCGGCCCGGGGCCCAGCCGGCGCUGCUGAGCGCGGCGGUGGUGGCGGGCGGGCCGGGCGGCGGCGCCGAGCUGUGGCUACGCGGCGGCUGGCGGCGGCGGCUGGGGCUGGCGGCGGGGCGGCGCGUGGCGCUGUGGCCGGUGCGGCGGCCGCCGGCGCUGGGCUGGGCGCUGCUGGGCGCGGGGCCGGGCCGGGCGGGGCCGGGGCCGGGGCCGGGGCUGGCGCGGCGGGGCGAGGCGCUGCCGGGCCCGGGGCCGCUGCUGCUGGAGGCGCGGCCGGCGCUGCAGGGGCUGCUGGGCGCGGGGACGCGGCUGGCGCUGACCGAGCUGCGGCCGGAGCGCGGGGCCCCCCCGCCGGGCCCGGGGCCGCCGCCGCUGGUGUCCCGGUUCGCGCGGGGGGCGGAGGGCCCGGCCCGGCUGCGGGCGCUGCGCGGGGACCCGGCGCCCUGGGGGCUGCCGGCCGAGGCCGGGGCCGGGGCGGGCGCGGCGCUGUGGGUGACCCGGCGCUGCCUGCGCGGGCUCGGCCUCUUCCAGGGCGAGUGGGUGCGGCUGCGGCGGGAGGGCGAGGCCGGGCCCGGCGGGGCGCACCUGGCGGCCGUGCUGGCCCUGCAUCCCCGCUGGGACUUCCCGCAGGAGCCCCGGGACCCCCCGGAGGGCUCGGCCGUCAUCCCGGCCGCGCUGGCCUUCAACCUGGCCUGCGACCCGCUGGGCGGGAGCCACCUGCUCAUCCAGAGGUAUGGGGAAGCUCCUGGUAUGGAAGAGAGACAAGGAAGUCGGUCCUUGCUAUCCAUACCGCCCUUUGUGAAGGAACUGCACAUAGAGAUUGUCUCCUCACCAGCCUACAGCACCAGAGGAGUCUAUGAUAGUAUUCUCCAUCAACACUUCCAAACUCCCAGGUUGGUCCAGGCGGGUGAUAUCCUGUGUAUUCCGACAGCUGGACAUCCUGAGUUCUUGGAAGGAAAUUCAGAGAAAUUUCUUAGCUGGCCGGAGCUGUACUUCAAGGUGAAGAAGAUUGUAGGCGUGGUGGAAGGAGAGCAGUCUGUGGGGUACCUGGCUGACAUCCAGAACACGUCGCUGUACCUGGUGGGUUCAACAAACAGCGCUGUGCCAUCUUCUCCAAGCCGUGGUGGCCAUGGGUUUUGGAGCAGUCUGUCUCCCGCCGGGCUCUCUGAUGUGGUGAAGCAGCUCUGUGAUGCUCUCCGGCCUCAUCUGAACAGCAGGGGGACCGCGCUACGUGGAACAGGCAGCAUUCUACUGGCGGGACCCAGUGGUGGGGGGAAACUGACGGCUGUCAGAGCUGCAUGUAGCUGCCUCAAUCUCCACUUGUUCAAGGUGGACUGCGUUAGUUUGUGUGGAGACACUAGUGGAGCUACGGAGAUGAAGCUGCAAUCUGCCUUUGCACAGGCUGAGCUCUUCCGGCCGUGUGUGCUCCUGCUGAAGGACAUCGAGCUGCUGGGACGAGACCGGGACGGGCUGGGAGAGGACUCCAGAGUCACUGCUACACUAAGGCACCUCCUCCUGGACAGAGAUGCGGGAUCUAGCGGUUACCCUGUCCUGGUGGUUGCCACCACGUGCCGGCCUCAGGACGUCCUGGCAGACGUGCAGACAGCUUUCCUCCACGAGGUGACGGUCCAGGCCCCAUCGGAAGAGCAGCGGAAGGCCAUGCUGAGCACGCUCACUGCCAGCCUUCCGUUGGGCAAGGAAGUGAGCCUGGCAAAACUAGCGCGGAGAAGUGCGGGGUUUGUGCUGGGAGAUUUCUGCGCUUUGCUGGCCCAAGGCGGCCGGGCAGCUUGCACCAGGAUCUUAACCUCAAGUUUCCCAGGGGGGCUGAGUGAGGACGAGGAGAGAGAUUUUUGUGCUGCUGGGUUCCCUGUUCUCGCGGAGGAUUUGAACGUUGCAUUGGAUCAGCUGCAUGAGACUCAUUCGCAGGCAGUUGGAGCCCCAAAGAUCCCCGCGGUCACCUGGCAGGAUAUCGGUGGGCUCCAGGAGGCGAAGAAGGACAUCCUGGACACCAUCCAGCUGCCUCUGGAGCACCCGGAGCUGCUGUCCGUGGGGCUGCGCCGCUCUGGCCUUCUGCUCUACGGGCCUCCUGGGACAGGAAAGACCUUGCUUGCCAAAGCUGUGGCCACUGAGUGCACCAUGACUUUCCUCAGUGUGAAAGGGCCGGAGCUCAUUAACAUGUACGUGGGGCAGAGUGAAGGGAAUGUGCGUGAAGUGUUUGCCAGAGCCCGGGCAGCUGCCCCCUGCAUUAUCUUCUUUGAUGAACUGGAUUCCUUGGCACCCAACCGGGGACGGAGCGGAGACUCAGGCGGAGUUAUGGACAGAGUUGUCUCCCAGCUGCUAGCAGAGCUUGAUGGACUUCAUUCCACCAGAGACGUAUUUGUGAUCGGCGCCACCAACAGACCUGACCUCCUGGACCCAGCACUGCUCCGGCCUGGCAGGUUUGACAAGCUGGUCUAUGUCGGCAUGAAUGAGGACCGUGAGUCUCAGCUGCGAGUGCUGAGCGCCAUCACCAGGAAGUUCAAACUGGACCCUUCAGUGCGUCUCAACAGUGUCCUGGAUCAGUGCCCUGCACAGCUGACGGGAGCAGAUCUGUACGCGCUCUGCGCAGACGCCAUGCUGUGUGCUGUCAAACGGAAGGUGGAUUGGAUUGAGGAAGGGCUGGACACGGAGAGUUCCGCUCUAGUUCUGACCAUGGAGGAUUUUGGACAAGCUGCCACAAGGCUGCAGCCGUCGGUUUCGGAGCAGGAGCUGCUCACAUACAGAGUGAUCCAGCGGAAGUUUGCUGCCUGCUAGCCUGCAGUGAGAAGGGAAGGGAAGGAGCACGCACAGCCCUAACACGGAGAAGGCCAAGAGGAUUCGGGACAGGCGUGUGGGCUGGUGAAGUGGAGAGAGGGAGGCGUCAUCACCUGCUGACUCCUGGCCAACCCUGGACGGGGUGCACAUUUAGCCAUGGAUCUGAGGCUGUCGGCAGCACAGCUGGGGUUCAUACUCCUCCUCCUCUGUCCCAGUCCCCCUCCUCCAACCUCUCAGCCUGGCCCUCACCCCCACAGCCACCAUCCCGCCCCGUAAUCUGGGGUGUGAGGAAGGGGCUUUGAGCUGAGUUGUGGAUCUCAAGGGAAAGGAGUGCGACCAAAGCCCCUGUGAGACCCUGCACUAGUCAUGGAUUGUCCCGUGACCCCGUGCCCUCCCCCUGGCGUAGGCAAAGAUCCUGAGCUCGGGGGUGGAUUGUCUCCCAAGAGUGAAAAAUCCUCCCCUCUCCCACAGCCUCCCUGGGAGGUGAGGGAAUUAGCAGACGCCUUCUGCUCAGGAUCAGCGGGAGGGGGAAUUCACACCCACAACUCCUCUCCCCGGUUACAGGGCCAGCCUAAAACCUGGCACCACUGACGGGUGGUCUCGUGCUGGCCCUCGGCAUGGAGGGGAAUCUCAUCCUGAAUGAGAGAGAACUUCCUUGUGGAGCUUCAGUCACCGGUAGGUGGGAGGGUCCCCUGCUGCUUUCCCUGCUGGCACAUGCACUACAGGCAGGGAUGGUGCUUCCGAUCACUCAGGCAGCCACGAACAAGACAGGAGGGGGAGCCAGAACGGCAGGGAGGAAGCGUAGGUUCCCGAGCAGCUUCCCAAGAAGCGUGGGUCCCCUGAGAUGUUUUUGCAGGGUUUCUGAACCCCCCUGGCCAGCUCCCAGCACACGGGCCUGGGCACUACACAGGGCAGAGGCACAGAGCACCUGUAUUGUGUGAGCACACUGUACAUACUGUAAAUACUGUACACGGGCUUUCUAAAUAAAGGGGGAGUUCC